AGACUAUUAUGCGGCUGCGGAAACAACAACAAAGAAAUUCGAGCGGAAACUGGCCAAAGAAAGGAGGAAGCGCGAACGCGUCGAACAAACACUCUCUGACUUGGCACGGCAACAUAGACGUUUGGAGACCAAAGUAUCGCACAUAGGCGGAUUAGACCGCACAGACUCCACACCCACUUUCCAACCGGGCGAUGAGAGUGACGACGAGUUCUACGAUGUGGAGAAUGAUGAGUGGGUGGAUGAGUAUGAAGACAACGCCGAGUGUUCGCGCAAGCCUUCAGACGAGCCGCAACAAGUGGUCAAGGGGAGUAUGACUGUGCCGAAGUUCAUGACGCACUACCGGAAUAAGAUACCGUACAGGCUCAACAAGAAGAUUAACUUCUGGUGUGUGAGUGUGUGUGAGAUGGCUGUGGUGAAACAUCGUGGGCUUAUUUAA